GGCGGCGGGGCCGUGCGGGCCAUGACGGGGCUGCGGGGCGGCCCGCGGGCGGCCCCGGGGCUGGCGCUGCUGCUGCUGCUGCUGCCGCCGCUGCUGCUGCCCGGGCCCGCGGGCGCCGUGGAGCCCAUCAGCCUGGGGCUGGCGAUCGCCGGCGCCGCCGCCUCGGCGCUCACCGGCAUCAUCUCGUACCCGCGGCUCUAUUGCUACUUCAGGGAGUGCUGCCUGCAGCGGCACGACCUGCGCGCCGCCGCCGCCCUGCAGGAGAACCUGGACAGAAAGCUCUUCGGGCAGCACCUGGUGAGCAAGGUGAUUGUAAAGGCCGUGAAAGGCUUCCUCAACAACGAAAACUCCAAAAAGCCUCUCGCCCUCUCCUUGCACGGGUGGACUGGAACAGGCAAAAACUUUGUCAGUAAGAUAAUCGCCGAAAGCAUUUAUAAAAAAGGUCUGAAGAGUAAAUACGUCCAUCAGUUCGUGGCUACUUUACAUUUCCCUCACGCUCAGGACAUCAACACCUACAAGGACCAGUUGCAAUCAUGGAUUCGGGGAAAUGUGAGCAUCUGUCCCCGAUCACUCUUCAUAUUUGAUGAAAUGGAUAAAAUGCACGCAGGACUCAUUGACUCCAUCAAGCCAUUCCUGGACUACUACGAGCUCCUGGAUGGAGUGUCUUACAGGAAAGCCAUCUUCAUAUUCCUCAGCAAUGCUGGAGCUGAAAAGAUAACGGAGCUGGCGCUAGAUUUCUGGAGAAACGGGAGGACAAGGGAAGACAUAGAGCUCACAGACAUACAGAACGCACUGUCUGUGUCUGUCUUCAACAACAAAAAUAGUGGAUUUUGGCACAGCACCUUGAUUGACAAAAAUCUCAUUGACUACUUUGUUCCCUUCCUGCCUCUGGAAUACAAACAUGUGAAAAUGUGUGUCAGGGUUGAGAUCGAAUCACGUGGCUACACCGUGGAUGAAGACAUUUUAACCAGGAUAGCGGACGAGAUGACCUACUUCCCCAGAGAGGAGAGAAUUUAUUCGGAUAAAGGAUGUAAAACUGUGGAUGCGAAGCUGGAUUAUUACUAUGACUUCUAAUGCUUUAUUGCUGCAAAUUUAACUUAAUCACAAAAUGGAGAACCCAGGACAUUUCAUUUUUAAGCACUUUGUAAAGAAAGGACCAUUGUUUUAAACUGGUGUGUAAAUAAGUGGCAGUGCCUCUGCAUUUUUAUUCUGUCACUAGUCACGGCUCCCAGGUACGUCGCGUUGUGCCAUCAAGGUAAGGAAGAGCUGCUCUAUGAACGCAGGGACUCUUUGUCUGAUCAUGCCCAAGACUCCUCUCAAAUCGUGUAUUGAUCACCAGAACCAUUCGGCAGGCUGUUGGCAUGUAGAGUGGGACUAAGAUUAUGACCUGAUUUUAAUUAGGUUUUGGAUUGGUGUGGAUGGUCUCUAGGCAAGGUUGAGAAUCAUGAUCAAAGUCCCUGCUUGUGAAAGCCGUCACUGGGCUUGUGUGGGUAAACUCCUGUAACAGCAUUAAAAGCAUAUGUGUAUUUUCUCGUCAAGUAGCUUAAAAAUACGUGUAUUCUUUCCAAUGCUGUGCAGUACCCACGUCUGUCUCAGAACAGUGCUAUGAAUUGGCUUCCUUUGAGUCAAAGUUAAUGUGAAACUCUUUGGUGUGAAUACUGUUCAGUGAAAAGACUUAAUAUUAAGUAGAAAGAGGAAAUAAGUUAAAAUCCUUGACUGUAUCUUUAUUGUAGUUGGUUCCAGUUUUUGGUUAUUUUUUUAAUGGAUAAAGUUGUCCGCAGUUCUCUCCUAGGAGCGGUCUUUCUAGGAGAAAAGCCUGUGUGAGUGCUGGGUCAGCUUCAUGGGAAGGUUGUAACGUAAUGGGAAACGUUACAGGUUAAAUUUUACACCUAGGAACUGGAAAAGAGGUUUCUCCUCUUCACCCCCGUGUAGAAUUCAGAAGCCAAACUGCAGGGUUUUGCCUUUCCUGUUCUCACAAUCCUGUAUGCCUUGGAGGUAAGGAUGAAGACCGAUCCAAAUGCGUUUGUGACCAAUGUGAAACGUGUCAGCUGAAGUUACUGCAGAGUGCCCGACUUCCUUCUAAAUGUGAGCACUGCAGAGGCUUUUUUCAUUCCAGUUUCUGUUCAAAAUAAACUUUCCUCAUCAGAAACGUA